GCAUACAUACAAAAUUUUAAAUUAAUGGCAAGAAAGAAAACUGUCUGAAAUAGUGGAUUUUUACAAAGAUUCCCAUCUUUCCUAUUUCCCCUUCUGGGUCAAUUGCUUAAACAGCAGCAGCAACAGCAGCAGCAGCAGUAGUUUCAGUUCAUAUACUUCUGGUGACAUCAUAGACUACAGUUUGCCAAAAAUUCAGUGGAGGAGAAAUGGACAAAGUCAUACACAUACAUACAUGCUAUAUGUGGUAAGGAAGUCACAAAGAAAAAUAAAUUUUCCCUCUGAGAAAUAAUGCAGAGAGAUAUGAGUGGUCUUUGUGUUACUCCUUUAUCAGCAAUGUAUUUUGUGAUGGCUUUCCUUAUCUCCUUCAUCCUCCCUUCCCUUCCAACAAUUCAUGCGAGAAAUUAUUAUUGUUUUUUUAAAACAGAGAUCUGGUCAGAAUAUUUGCAGUUACUUAAUUGUGACAACUCUGGAAACUAUUGUGCUACCUUGGCACUGAAAAUAUUUCCCAGGCUUGAGUAACCCACAAAACUACAUAUCCAACUAGAAGUCAAAUGAUCUAACUUUUUAUGAGAAACGAAGUCUAAAGAAAUAUUGAAAAAAGACAGUGACUUUUAAUGACCAAAGUAUAGAGGAUAUAAGUUUUUAAUGCUUCAGUUCUGAUAGUUAAACUUUUGAUAGUUCAGCAUCUGGUCUUAGUUUAAUGCUAAGGCACACUAAACCAUUAACGGACAGCAACCAAGACUUAAUACUAUUGGUUACUUUCCAAAUAUCAACAUAUGAUUUACUUUUCCAUUAUUCCAUCUACUAAACAAGCUUUCUUAUGACAAUAAAUAUUCAAAUCAGAAUUAAUUUUUGGAAUACUAAUUCACUGUUCACAAACUAUUUAAGUUAAGCAACUGAUGAAAUAUGAGUGGAAGGUCACAUAUACGGUGAUAGUUAUUUUAGAACAAUUGGAUAUUGUAUGGAAAGUAUAUUUUUCAGCAACUAGAUAUAUAAUCUCUGACCACUGUGUGUCAAUGGCUGAGAAAGAGCAACAAUGGAAACUCAAAAGCUUGCUAUCUUCUGAAAUGUGACAUGGCAUGAUUGUGAAUUCUGGAUAUUUCAUAAGGUCCCUAUGCUUUGCAGACAAUUCUGUAGUUCUCUAGAUGAGUGGUCCUGCAGAUGUUAAAUUGCAACUCCCAGGAUCCCUCAUCAUUGGCUAUACUACCUUAUUGAAAUUUCAAAGCCCUUAGAGCAGGGGUGAAAUCCAGCAGGUUCUGACAGGUUCUGGAGAACCGGUAGUGGAAAUUUUGAGCAGUUUGGAGAACCAGUAGCAGAAAUUUUGAGUAGUUGCAAAUACCACCUCUGGUUGGCCCCCGAGUGAGGUGGGAAUGGAGAUUUAGGAGUAUCCUUCCCCUGGAAUGGGGUGGGAAUGGAGAUUUUGGAGUAUCCAUGGCCACCAAGUCACCCCACACCCACAGAAACAGCAGUAAAAAAAAUUGGAUUUCACACUGCCUUAGAGCAACCUUUUCGGCAUCAAGUGCCCAAACCAGAACACGCGUGCAUGCAGUGCCUAAAAAUGGCCCAGAAAACAGUCUGAAAAUACCCAAAAAAACCAGCCUGUUUUUUGGCCGGUUUUCAGCACCCAUGAAGAUCAGCUGGCUGGCACACAUGUCCAUGCUGGGAACCAGAAGAGCAGCUGGGGAUAGCGCGCGUGCCCGGAGAGGGCUCUGAUUGCCACCUCUGGCACACGUGCCAUAGGUUCGCCAUCACGGCCUUACAGGGUCACAUAUUCAUCUCUGUUCUAAUUAGAUUUGAUGACUAAUGGAGGUUAAAAAGUCAACUGGACCACAAGAUGGGCGGCAAAUAAAUCUGAUAGAUAGCUAGAUAGAUAAUGCAAGAAUGAAUGCAAGAAUGCAAGAAAUAUAUUUUCUGUUAAAAACACAUACAGCAGAAAACAGCACUGGCAAAUCCAGUAUUUAAUACAAUGUCUAUAAACAAUUUGCUAGAAAACUAAAUACUGCACAGAUAUCUAUUUCAGAAAUCAGAAGUAAAAAUUAAAGUAAAUACAUUAAUACUAAUGUAAUUCAAACAUAGAUUGUCACAACUUUCUAAGACAUUCUUUUCAAUCCAAAAAAGUUUGUUUAAACAAGGUCAAAAUCAUUGGAUACAUAGAUUGAGGACUCUGAGCUAACUUGAAAGAAUACCACUGAUAAAAAAAAAUCAAUGAGAUUGCUUCACAGUAGCUCCCAAUCAUUUGAUAACGGUGGGUCAUAAUAUUUAUCAUGGAUUAUAAUUUAGUACAGUAGGUGAGUAACGUAAUUGUGAUUUGUGGUACAACUAAUUGUGAUUUAUUCACUAACCUAUAGGUAAGUUAACAGCAUGUUAGUGUAUCUGUGCAAGGACAGAUACCAAGGGUAUCUGUCCUUGCAGAUUGGUAACUUUUCACUAGACCUGCAUCAGAUUUUUCAGUUAGAAUUGUCAGAAAUUGAAUCUAAAGUCUUGAACCCAUGUAACUUGCUACUGAAUUAAGGUUCCUUCCCAGUCAUAUCUUAUGUUUAUCAUACAAUCAAGUAUUUUCUAUCUGAAAUGAAUGUUUAGAUUUCCAUAAAAAUUCAAAUACUGUGCAAACUAAGGCAUAUACAUUUUAAAAUAUACAUUUGUCAGCUUUUUAAGAUCAGGAAACAAACAGAACUGAAGCACUACUUUAUUCUUGCAGGGUAUAAUUUCACAUUUUUGGAAGCCUUUGUUUUUCUUUCUCCCCGUUCUAGUACCAAGGCCAUCAAAGCACGGAAAUCCUUGAGGAUUUUUUUUUUCACUGCCUCCUCUUUCAGAACUGAGCUGUUGCACCCUACCUUCAAGGCUAUCAUCACUUUCCUCUACAUAUGAACUCAGUACAGGAGUGAUGUAUAUACAUAGGGCAGGCAAUCUGGUCAAAUGUUAGCAUGAUGUCUUUAUGUCCUCAAUUUUUGACGACUGAAAUGAUUGAACCGUUUCUUAAGUUUCAUUUCCAUAGAAAAACUUCAUCCAGUAUUGAAGAUCCAGCAACUGGGGAUGGGGGAUAUUCUCCAUGAAAUGAUGCCAAGAUUUCAUUUAAAUUCAAAGACAAUUAAAAAACUAAAGCAGUUUCAAAAAUAUCCAAAGUUUCAAAAAAGCUGGGGCAUAAGCGCACCAGCAUGCGUGCCUACCGUCCCUGUCCUAAAUGUUUUCUUUUAUUCGUAUCCUUUUCAUGUAUUUAUAGUUAAGUUUACACUUGUAUCUGUCAUAAAAUACAUGCUUGACGAAAUAAAUAAAAUAAAUUAAAAAUAAAAUAUCUUGAGUAGAGAAAAACUACUCAAUACGACGAACACAAAAGCUGAACCUGCAAUUAAUGUUAUACAGUAUACACCGCUGUGAGACUGGCGUGCCAGGCAGCUUUCUUCCGAUUUUUGCUCACUUAUCUAUUUCUCUUUAAACCCCAACAAAAUGCAAUUUUUUUAUUUAUUAUUCGAAUUUUUAUACCGCCCUAUCUCCCAAAGGACUCAGGGCGGUUCACAGCCUUAUAAAACAUAAGAAUAUAUACAAGUUAAAACAACAAUUAAAAAACUUAUUACAUUAGGCAAAAUUUAAAACUAUCGUUAAAAUAAUACAAACCCCCAUUUAAAACUAACUUUAAAACUAAACUCUAGGCCGCCCGGCACAAAUAAAUAGAUGUGUCUUAAGCUCGCGGCGGAAGGUUUGAAGGUCCGGAAGUUGACGAAGACCUGGGGGAAGGUGGUUCCAGAGGGUGGAGGCCCCCACAGAGAAAGCCCUUCCCCUGGGUGUCGCCAGUCGGCACUGCCUGGCGGACGGCACCGUAAGGAGUCCCUCUCUGUGAGAGCGUACGGGUCGGUGGGAGGCCGUCGGUGGCAGUAGGCGGUCCCCUAAGUUCCCCCCCAAUAACUUCUGGGGAACCUGACCAGUAUAGCGUUUUACAAAUGGCAGCGUUUCGGUCAAGCAGCCGGCGACAGCAACGCUCCCACGUGCUCCCACAAGUCUUUCGGACCGCCAAGCGCAACUUUUGUCAGCGCUGGAAGAAAAAAAGGUCCGUCCGGCUUUGCGCUUCUCCGUUAAGAAAGCCGAUGGCGGUACGAGGCGCCAGCCACAUGGUGCAAUAAUCAGGGGAGGAGAAGCAACAGCAGCCCAGAGUCGCAGCUAGGAGUGGCUUCCGCUGGAAAGCCCCACCACUAGGCCGGGCGAGCGGGCGGGCUGGCGCCGCCUUUCCCUCUGGCGCUCGGCGCGCAACAGAGGGCCGUGAACGAGGAAAAAUUCUGCGGCGCUUCGCUUUCUGCAAGGCGGGCGACAGCGGAGGCAGAUCCCCAGCCAUGUCCUUCCCCACCCCCCACUCCCUCUUCGAGCAAUCGGCCACGCUGCUCCGCUCUCGCCGGGGACCCUUCCCGCCACUCCUCGGCUCGGCCUCCCGAGGCCUGGAGCCGUCGCAGCGCCCAGCUCUCGACUCCCGUUGCCCCGCAACAGAGAUCACCUCCAGGGGCCUACCCCGCUCCUUGCGCUGGCGGGCCCCGCGUCCCCUUCUUACCUGCGGCCAAAGCGCUGGGGAGGUCUCAGCGCAGAGGAGAAGGGCCCCGGCUGUUCUGCCGGCGCGGCCGCCGCCUCCUCUGCUGCAGCAACAAAGGACUUCCGCCCCCGGCCGCGCCUGCUGCCGCUGCUCUCUUACUGCAGAAGAAACUCAGGGCUUUGCCGCGACCGCACUGAGCCGGACCCCUCCCCCCGGCUGGCGGCCAGCAAGCGGCGCCUGGCCCUGCUUGCUGCGGCUGGUGCGGUCGUGGCCAAUGUACAGGCACGACGCGGCCCGUCGCUCUUUUUCUCUGCCCUUUCCUAGGGACAACGGAGCAAUCGGCCGGCCCUCGGCAUGUCGGCAGAAAGCAGCCCGGUGCCAUCCCGUUGUCUCUAGGCUCGCAUUCGUGCCGCCAAGACGGGAGGAGAGCGUGGCUUCUGGCGCCCGGGAUGAUGCUUCUUCGCCUGGACGGGCAGGCAGGAUUAGGGAAAGAAGAUGCUUCGUCGUUUGCGUCUUUCCCAGGAAAGGCUAUUAUUCAUAUUCAGUUAGAGCGAAGAGACGCUUCCAACGAAGCACAAUGGAUACCGCAAGCCACAGCCUGAUCCUCCUGCAACAACUCAACAUGCAGCGAGAGUUUGGCUUCCUUUGUGACUGCACAGUUGCCAUUGGAGAUGUCUACUUCAAAGCUCAUCGAGCUGUCCUGGCUGCUUUUUCCAACUAUUUUAAGAUGAUAUUCAUUCAUCAGACAAGCAGUGAAUGCAUAAAGAUUCAGCCCACUGAUAUCCAACCUGACAUAUUCAGCUACUUGCUUCAUAUAAUGUACACUGGCAAAGGACCUAAACAGAUGGUCAAUCAUACGCGACUAGAAGAAGGCAUCCGUUUCCUGCAUGCUGACUAUCUUUCCCGCAUGGCAAUUGAAAUGAACCAGAUGCUUUCUCCAGAGGUGGUGCAGUCUUCAAACCUUUAUGGGAUUCAGAUCUCAACCACACACAAGGCUAUGAAGGAGAAUCUCCAAGCAAAGGAAAAUUUAACCAAUAUUGGUAGUAGAGCCACUAAUCAGGGAGAUCACCCUCAGCUCCAGCUAUCUCUGGCAAUUGGGCUGGAUGAUGGGUCUUUGGACCAGCAGGUUUCCCAUCCUUCUACCAAGACAGCUGGGAAACCACCAGAGGAGACUGCAAAUCCACCUGUGACUAUAAAGCAAGAGAAGACUGACGCAGAGCCAGUUGUGUCUCAGAGUCACACAUCAUCCUCCCCAAAUCUCAGGGGUCCAUCCUUUUCCAAAGAAAACCUCAAAGUUCAUUUAUGCCAGUACUGCGGGGAACAUUUUGAGUCCAGGAACAAUUUAUGUGAACACUUGUUUACUCAUGUGUCAGAAUCAUUGCCCUUCAGGGUUCCCACCUCCAUCUUGGAAAGCAAUAACCUUAGCCAACUACAGCCACUCAGUGAAAACUGUGAAGCUACUGAAAGCCACCGACUCAGUUCCUUCCUUCAGAAAGAAAAUGAAUAUCCCAGCCACUCCAGCUUAGAGGCACUGCCAAUUGGCCAGCUGUCACUGGUGUCCAAGGACACAGAACCUGUAGAAUUAAACUGUAACUUUUCCUUUUCACGGAAAAGAAAGAUCAGCUGCACUGUUUGUGGUCACAAAUUUCUCCGAAAAAACCAGCUUCUUGAACACAUGUAUACGCACAAAGGUAAACACUUCAAAUUUGCCCGAUACCAGCGGGUUGGCAACACUGCAGCCGUCAAGUUUCAGCCAUAUGGUGACAAUUGGAUCCCAAGUAUGGUGAAAAGCGGCACUCUCUCACAAGCUCAGGUGGAGUCACAAAACACAUUGGAUCCUGACCUCUCUCAAGAGAACAUUGAUACCAUACUUGUGGAAUAGUUCUCUCCUUUUCCAUUCUCUUUGACCUGCAAGUUUGUAGCCUGUGCAUUCCUGCAUUCAGCCCUAUUGUAUGAAUUCUGCUGAAAGAGUUUUUUGUUCUUCUGAAAUACAACAUGGCAGAUACCCUGUGUAUGUUCCUAGUUGGUGGGUCAGCUGUUUUCCAGAAUAUCCCCAGUACCUUAUGCCAUCAAGAAUGCAUUUGGAAAAAGCAUAUGAUAUAGCCAGAUCUUUGUACAUAUUUUUGUACAUAAAAUAUGUAAAAUAUUUUGUACAUAAAAUAUUGCUGAGAAAUACAAUCAGAGCCACCGAAAGAAUGGAAAUUUCACAUGCAGGAACUUUUAGGUUCAGACUGAUUGCUGGAACUUAAAAGGCCAUGGAAUGCUAUUCUUUGUCAACAUUGGGUUGCGGUACAUGUUCUGCUCAGUCCACUGUUGUGGAAGAUGUGGUAGUCACAGAUAUUUUUAGUAAUAACCAUAUAAUGCUGGCAUGUCACCUGUAGAGCUUUCCACGAUACAUCAGGUUGGGAGGACAACAAAGGGAAAUUGCAGUACUCCUAAAAGAAAAUGUUUAUUGUAAAUCAUAAUUUAAGUUAAAUAUGUUUUAAAUUAAUAUUUUGUUUAAUGUUCUUCAGUUUAAAGAAGGAUUAUAGUGUGUCACUGAUUAGUUUACUAGUUAUGAUGAAAUUAGAUUAAACAAUUCAUGUACUGUAAAAUAAAAUUUCUGUUCAGUUGCAUUA